UCACUGUGCAUGUAGUACGAUGUAAUCUAAUUAAUUCACCAGUUGUUUAUAUUUUUUCUUCAAAAAGUAGCCUUACUUAUUAAGUAACCAGUCCACUGUUGGUGAGUAGAAAAGCAAAGUGGUGAAAAGUCGUUUGCUCGUCGACGACGGGAGUCUACUUCUCUCUUUUUUUUUCUUUUUUCUUUUUUUUCUAUGUUCCUUUCUUCAUCAAUUUGUAGAGUCCGUCAGUCAGUCACCGGUAAACGCGAUCGUAACUGCAUCUGUGAAGGAAACCUCAUCAACUGUCAACUCGAUCUGCUUUGAACUAGAAAGGGUCUUCCUCAAAUGAUCGGAUCGUUUAUCAAUUAAUUAGCUUGUUUGUUUGUUUUGAAUUUGAUCACAGCAGAGCAGAGUGAAGAUAGAAAUGUCAUGCUUUUUUGAUCUUCUGAGAUGCCUUCUGUGUUGUUCUGAUGAGCCUGAUUUUCAUCGAACUUCUUCCCGUUAUACAAGAAACCGUUUUGUUGAUACCGCUGACCUUCACUAUUAUGAUCCCAUUCCCAGUCCCAGGGGCAGCCAUUUGCCAACUUCAACUUCAUUUCAGCCUGAGUACUAUUCUCGUGAUUUUGUUAAUUCUCUACUUCAUUCUCCUGCUUCACCUUCCACCACCUCCUCUUAUAAACCACCACCACCUCAAUCAACAACACCACCACCAGCAUCUCAAUAUUAUUCUUCUAAUAACAAACCGCCGGUCACUUCUUUUAUCAGUUCAUCUUCAUCAUCUAAACCAACCCUAUCGUCUACUAUUAAACCAUCUUCAUCAUCCUCUAAGAAGCCACCCCAGCCUCGGCCUCAGCCAACAUCAUCUAAUUCUAAACCAAAUCCAUCCUCCCAAAAACCUCCAUCACAUUCUUCAUCUCCAUCUUCUCCAAAGCUCCCUCCUGUCUACAAGUCAAUUCUAUCCCCAGCCUCCUCCUCCUCCUUCUCCCCAAAUGUUACAAGUCAACACCAACAAGACGGGAAGAAAACAGCUUAUGUGUGUGUUGAAGAGGAUCCAUUACCUGUAUUCAUGAUUCCUGAGGAUAUCAAAGCCUUGAUCAAGAACAAAAUUGUGCCCAAAGUUCUGAUUCGCCCAUUAUCCCCCACAACAUACAAGGACUACUUUGCCGCUCUCUUAUAUUCUGAAGAUUUCUACUUGGAGCAAUGGAGUGAUUUCCUUUUGAAGGGUGUGACAUUGGGGUUGGAUGAAAGUUCAAUUUAUAAAAUUCGGAAAAAGGAAGCAAUUUAUAAAAAUCGGAAAAAGGAAGAUAAGGAAGAUAAAAUCUUUGUAGCAUUUGAGCUUGAUUCUGUUCCUGAGGAACGGCCAUUCCUCUUAUCAAGGGACUUGGUCUUUGCACGACCAGUGGGUAACAGUACUGCUGAACCCUUCAAGGGCUUCAUCUAUAAAGUUGUUGGGAGCAAACGCGUUUUGGUUGAAUUUGAAGAUGGCUUUUAUUCUAAUCAUCAUUCCAACAAAAAAUAUGAUAUCAGCUUCUCAUUCAAUAGAGUUUGUUUGAAAAGAGCCCACCAUGCAGUUAAAGCUGCAUCAGACGCCUUGUUUCAGAACUUCCUCUUCCCUGACACUGACUCACGAGCAAGCAUUCCUACUGCACCAGCUCUGCUUUCUACUACCUGUCAUAAGCUUGAUCAAGAUCAAUGUUGUGCGGUUGGACAUAUCUUAAGGAUUCAGGGCUCACCACCUUAUGUAGUAACUGGUCCAGACUGUGAAGGCGAAUCUUUUGCAUGUUUAAGAGAACCUUCAAAAACUGAAGGCAAAUCUUUUGCAUAUUUAAGAGAACCUUCAAAAACUGGAGUGGUUGUUAGUGAAGCAGUAUACCAAUUAUGUCAGAAGUCGCCAAAGUAUCGGAUUCUUAUCUGUGCGCCUACUAACAGCUGCUGUGAUGUGCUGAUGAGAAGCUUGGUGAAGGUGAUUCCAGAGUCGACUAUGUUUCGUGCCAAUGCUGCAUUCCGUGAGAAAGAAGAGGUACCUGAGGAUAUCCUCCGCUCAUCCCUUUACAAAGAGUCUUGUUUUUCUUGUCCUUCAAUUGAGAAACUCCGGAAAUACAGGGUGAUUUUCUCGACUUUCAUGAGUAGCUUUCGACUACAUGAUAAAGGCAUAGCUGUUGGACAUUUUAGCCAUAUUUUUCUGGUGGAUGCUUCAUCCGCUAUUGAACCGGAAACAUUGGUCGCCCUGACUAACUUUGCCGACAAGACUACUAGUGUUAUAGUUACUGGUAAACCUGGAAACAGUCCACGCUGGGUUCGCGCUGACAUUGCAAGGAAAAAGGGACUCAAGAUUUCAUACUUUGAAAGACUCUGUAAGCUCAGCCCCUAUAGAAGCCGCAGUCCAAUGUUCAUCACACAAUUAGACCUGAACCAAAAGUCAGGCUCAGACUACCAAACAAGAACUUUCUGAGUUGGUUUAUUGGUUGCUUUUGAAGGUGUGUAUUUCAGGUCUCAUGUGUUGAAGAUGGUUUUUUUAUGUAUUAAACUUGAAAACAAUUCUAUAAAUAUCAUGUAUGGAAACUCCUUUUUCAAAUGCACAAGGCAUUCAGCUGUUUGCCUUUUGUA